GAUUUCGACCCAAACGUUCACAUAAAUAGGUGGUCACCGCGCCGCCUUGGAGCAGAGAGCCGCCAGCCAAAUCUACUAUUUAUCCUUUAAAUAUCCCAUCAAAUGAAAAAGGAAAGCAAAACCUUCUUUCAAGCAAAACACAUGACACAGAAUUGGGAAGUGAAAGUAUGGUGGUGGUGUUGAUGAUCUCCUAAAGCACCUUCUUUCUCACGUCAAUUCUCUAUAUACUCUCUCUCUCUCUCUCCUUCAUUUAAUUUCUUUCUCUAUAAAUAACCUUCCUCCAAAUCUUUCACACUAUUACUUCUUCUCUAUACUAAGCAUUUUCCAUCACUAUAUAUACUUGUUGUAUUAUUCCUCCUCCAUAUAUCAGCUAUUAUAUAUAUAACAUUGAUAUAUCAUGGGGGAUAAUAAUGUGAACCUACCACCUGGAUUUCGAUUCUACCCAACAGAUGAAGAACUAGUUGUCCAUUUUCUCCAUCGCAAGGCUGCUCUCUUACCUUGUCAUCCUGAUGUCAUUCCUGAUCUUGAUCUUUACCCGUAUGAUCCUUGGGAUUUGGAUGGAAAAGCAAUGGCAGAAGGCAACAAAUGGUAUUUCUAUAGUAGGAGAACACAGAGUAGAAUCACUGGAAAUGGAUAUUGGAAAUCAUUAGGACUUGAUGAACCAAUAUUCUCAAGUUCCAGCUGCGACAAAGUUGGCAUAAAGAAAUACUAUGCUUUUUACAUUGGUGAGCCACCUGAAGGUGUCAAAACCAAUUGGGUAAUGCAAGAAUUUAGUCUUUCUGAUUCUUCUUCUUCUUCUUCUUCUGGAACUAGUCGUUCAUCUUCUAGAAGAAGAAGCCGUUCCAAAAUUGACUAUAGUAAAUGGGUAAUUUGUCGAGUACACGAGCGCAACUGUGAUAAUGACGACGAUGAUGGCACAGAGCUUUCAUGCUUGGAUGAAGUUUUCCUAUCACUAGAUGAUCUUGAUGAGAUUAGUUUGCCACAUUAAUUAGCUAUUUCUUAAUUGUAAUCCACUUAAUUAAUUAGAUCCAAUAAGCUAGGAUCUAAUUAACCUCGAUCGAUCGGCUUUGUUUUAGUUUUCUAUUUUAAUUGUAGCACUUACCAAUUUAAAUUUGCUACGUUCAUAGUAAAUCCAAAACAGUGUGACAAUUUAAGAUCAAUAUGCAAUGUCGAUAUGAAAUUUUCCCUUA